UACACAUUUUUGGUACUGUAACAAACCUUCUUCAACGAACGAUCCUCUUCCGUUCGGGAACAUGAAAUUCUCACUAUCGAAAAUUCUUCAUUCACUCCGGCUAUCGACAUAUUUCGUUUCUCAAUGCUUUCGAUUCGAGUAGGAGGCGCAAACAUUUGCAAGCAUACUAAAGAAUAAGAAGAAAACUUUUACUAUGACAGUCAGCGAGAGCGAUACCGUAGUAUCUCCAUCAACUAUGCAGGGCGAUUGGACGACUAUACGGAAUCUUCCUCAGUAUGCUCCGAAGAAAGCGGCUCCGCUGCAUUCCGAGGCUGUUUGUUCGUCAAAAAUGGAAAAUGAAGAUUGCCAUGUUAACAAGGCCACUCCUCUCCGAGGCGAGCUAGGUCCAAGAUCGCCCUUCCCUUCUCUCCCACUGUUGCCUAAUUUCGAUAACGACUCAAAAUCUGUUACCCAGCCGCUGACUCCAAAAUUGAAACUGAAACGGUCUCAACGUUCGUCAAGGAGCAAAAACUACGUGCUACCUCAUACUUUUCAUCCGAAGCCAUCCUAUCGGAAGAAUGAUAGUUUCAUCACUCCUUUAACUCUUGCAAAUAAAUUUGCUCUAUCGCCGUCCGUCGAAGGUCGUGAUUCUACGCAACAAGAAAACUUGAAGUGUGAAUCUUCGUCGUCAAAUCGAAUGGUCAUGGGGAAAAGCCUCUUGAAAGGAAGCGAUGCGAUGAUAUGGCCGAAGGCAAAUAGAGCACAGCGACUUAACAGUGUGGGAAUUCAUCUUCCAUCGAAAGCAGGACGUGCAUCUCAAAACAAGAAACACAAAAGGAAGUAUUUUCCCUCGGAAAAGAAGCAACCGAGCACUUCAUCAUCUCCCCGAGAACUCCCAUUUCUAUCAUUAUAGUUCUAAUGAAAAUCAUCCAACCGUCAUCGAACAUCGCAACGAAUUCAAUUUUUGAAAGGUCUAACCAAAGCAAAACGAAAGCCAAUAGAUUCACACUGCACGCUAAGCCUACGCAUUCUCUGUACAUACGCAUCGCCAGCUAAGAAGAGCGAUGCCAAAACAAGAAGUCUUAAUACAUAAACGAUAUUUAU